AUGCGACAUGUAGAGAGGUCGCUGGCGAGUGAGAGCUCGUCGCAGUGCGAGCAGUGGCCGGAGUCGUGCUGGCCGGUUCCCCACGUGCCGUUCUCCUAUCUCAGUAACUUCUCGCGGCGCAAGUACCUGGUGGUGGCGUUCACCAUGGAGCAGAUGAGCAACGCCAGAACGCACCUGGCGGAGGCUGCUCGCGUGGCAGAGGAAUCCGGGCGCAUCCUCGUGCUGCCCAAUGCGGACUGCAGCCGGCUCUCAGUGGCCCGCCAGCACCCCCUGUGCUCCUACUGGGACCUCUCGCGCUUCUCACGCGUGGAGUGGGUGUCUUCCGAGUUCUUCCUCCUCACCGCGCGUGCCGCCUUUCUCAACCCCUCCGUGGGCUUCGUGUGUGUCAAGACGGAGGUUCUGCGCCGGCCCUGCUUCAACUACCGAGAGCUAAAGGAGAUCCUGGGGCAAGUGCUGACGUUCUCCAUGGGUCAUGUGCCUGUGCCCAGCAACACUAUUGAUGUCAAGAUGCCGCAGUCUAAGGACGUCUUUAAUAUGCUCCUCCAUGCAUGGAGCGACCGAGACGUGGUGGUGUGGAUGAAAACAACUUUCCAGCGCAUCGAUUACGUGCCCAAGACAGACGUGGUUGCGCGCGCAGUGCUGCCCUACCGGGCCAAAUGGCACGACAUGGCUGCUCAGAUCACUGCUAGACUGCCCAAGCCAGUUAUUGGCGUGCACUUCCGCUCUGAAUUCAUCUCCUGGAACAUGGUGCGUACUCUAUGGGACAUCGUGUGUGGAACAAUGGGGAUCAAGUCAUGGGCGUGCACGUAUGCUCCUGAUUCAUCUCUAAACUACUCUCUGAUUCUCCUCCUCUCUGAUUCCCCUCCAAUCUCUCUGGUUUCCCUCCCGCAGGCACAAGGCUUAAACGCCAACUUGACCUGGGAGGAGGUGCAGCAUAAUCUGCGGCAGCAGAUGGCAGUGUGUGUGCAGGGAGCAGCGAGCAAGAUCAACCAAGUCAGGAAAAAGCUGCAAACCCAGCACUGGCAGGAGCAGGUUCAGCAGGAAAAUCAGGGGAAGCAGGGACAGAAGCAGGAGCAGUUGAUCAAUGGGUUAGGGCAAGUUGUAGAAGGGCCAACAGUGUUUAUAGCGGCAGACAUCCCGUUCAACGCGUCAGCUGCAGUCCAACCAAGAUCAGAGUCAUGGCAGAGCAUGGAGGUGUGGCUGGGGCGGGCGAACACGGGCCGGGCGUCCAGAGGAGCGCUGAAAUGGUUGAGGCAGCAUGUGGGGGGGACGGUCAUGAUCGACGAGGUCGUGCCUGCUGUGAACGGCUAUGAUCCAGGCAUCGUAUCAAUCCUCGACAAGCUUGUGAUCGCCAGGGCGGAUAUAUUCGUGGCAGCAGAGGGCAGGCUCAAGGAAUCCGAGCUACCUCACUCAACGCCUCUUUCCUCCCUGUCUCUCCCUUUCUCAGGCAUUGUAUCAAUCCUCGACAAGCUGGUGAUCGCCAAGGCGGAUAUAUUCGUGGCAGCAGAGGGGUACUGGUGCCUCACAGCACCCCAGCUACCCCUUUUUUCCCCUGUCAACCCCCACUCGUCUGUUCUCUCUGCCCUGCCCACUCACAGGCAUCGUAUCAAUCCUAGACAAGCUGGCAUCGUGUCGAUCCUAGACAAGCUGGUGAUCGCCAAGGCGGAUAUAUUCGUGGCAGCAGAGCAGUACUGCGGGGGGAAGAGGGGCUUUGAGUCGGACAUUCUACAGCACAGGGACGAGUACGGGCAGGCAGCAGACAGUGUUGUGCGAUGGGGGUACGAGAAAGAGGCCUGA